CGAUCUCGCGAGGAUACAAAAACAAAUUAAUUGAGAUUGAUUGUUAUCUCGAGCGCACGCCCGAGUAUAAAACCUUCGACCAACAGACACACCCGCACAACUAGCAACAUGAAGGUCCUUUGCCUAGCCCUGGCCGUCGUCGUCGCAGUGAGCGCGGCUCCAAGCGCGAAAUCCAAUGCCAAGAAGUGGAUCAACAUCCCCGGCGUCGACGGCAAGAUGAACUUGGCCAUCCUCGACAUGGAGUCCCGCGCCGACGUCACCGACCCCUACACGCAGAUCACCUUCCACUUGUACACAAGGAGCAACCGAAACACGGCCCAACAGAUCUGGGUGGACAACCUGAACGGGGCGCCCUUCGACGCCGCCAAACCCACCAAGUUCAUCAUCCACGGCUUCACCGACGACGGCUUCACCGAAUGGGCCAUCAACAUGAAAAACAGCUUUUUGGAUCAAGGGGACGUGAACGUGAUCUGCGUGGACUGGUCGGAACCUGCGCAGGGUCCGCUUUACAACGAGGCCAGGGCGAACGUGGACCCGACCGGCGCGUACGUGGCCCAAAUGCACUCGUACUUGGCCUCGUUCGGACACAACGUCGGCAACACGCACUGCAUCGGACACAGCCUCGGCGCCCACGUGUGCGGCUUCAGCGGAAAAUACGCCACUGGAACCCUGGGGCGCGUGACCGGAAUGGACCCUGCGCUGCCUCUUUUCGACAUCGACUUUCCCGAGAACCGUCUUUCGGACACGGACGCCGCCUACGUCGACGUGAUCCACUCUUGCGGCGGCUGGCUGGGCUUCGAGAAGCCCCUCGGCCACUCCGACUUCUACCCCAACGGCGGCUCCUUCGUGCAGCCCGGAUGCGAGGGCAACGACCUCACCGGCGCGUGCAGCCACGGCCGAUCGCACGAGUUCUUCGUCGAGUCGAUCAAGUCGAACGGCUUCGUGGGCCGCGCGUGCGACACGUGGGACAACUUUGUGGCCGGAAACUGCGCAGGUGGCGCCACCGCCGUCAUGGGCAACCCUUCCAGCACUAGCACCCGUGGCGUUUUCUACCUGGCCACCGCCGACGCUUCUCCCUUCGCCCUCGGCUAACUUUUUGGUACAAAUUAUAUAAAAACCAAAGAAUUGUGAUAUUAAUAAAUUGAUACAUAUGUUUUAUAAUAAUUUUUAACUUUAUAUUAU